AUGUUGCAAGUUUUAGCUUGUGGAGCUGUAGUUUUCCCCGGUCUUUUCCUCGCCUUCAGGAGGAUUCUGCCGAGUGUGUUCAAGCGCUGGAACGAUGCCGACGUGGUGCUGGUCAGCGAGAGGCUGGUGUCCUCCAUCCAUGCUCUUAUGGCGACCACAGCAGGGGUCAUCAUUGUUUCAUCGUGCAGAGGCGACGUUAUUAACGACAGGCACUGGCUGGCCACUUAUUUUGUCAUCUGGUACGGUGUCCCCUACAUGACGUACGACAUCUUCGCCAUGUACCUCAGCCACUACUACCGGUACCAGGUCAACGGGCACGAGGACUACAAGCAGCACUCCCUGAGGACCAUAAACUUCUUCAUACGAAGGGAGUUCCUGCUGGUGCUGCAUCACAUCGCACUGCUCACCAUCCUGCUGCCCAUCACACUGUUCUUCAGGAAGGACCAGGGGGAUUUCUUUAUCGGCUGCUUGUUUCUGACUGAGCUCAGCACGCCCUUCGUCUCCCUGGGGAAGAUGCUCAUUCAGAUCGGCCACCAGGACGGCUGUCUUCACAAGGCCAACGGAGGUAUGGUUCUGCUCACCUUCUUCAUGUGCCGCAUCGCCCUCUUCCCCUUCAUGUACUGGAUGUACGGCCGCCACUACGGCAUCCCCCUCCACACGGUGCCCUUCCACCUGCCGCUCCUCGCCAACCUGGGCAACUCGUGCAUCCUGGCGCCGCAGGUCUACUGGUUCGUGCUGCUCUGCCGGAAGGGCUACCGUCUUUACCAGCGGAGCCGCGGGCCGCAGUCGCCCUCCGCGGCCCCCGUCGCCGAUUGCUCAAAAGAUGAUUGAUGACCACUUUGCAGCUGCCACCCGAAGCUGCACAUUCAGUUACUAAA